CCUCCACAGGCUCUCUCUCUCUCGGGCUGGAGAAGAAGAAGAAGAAGAAGAAGGAGCAUGGACUUAACGACGGGAGUCGCCGUGCCGUCGACGCGCUCAGAUUUGUGAUGCCUUUCCCCCCGGCUGCGCCGUAGCUCCUCUCGCCUCUUGUUACCCAUCGCCAUGGCAACCAUCGGGGAAUUCGACCCGCUCAACACGAGAGUCCCGGCAACUAAAAUAGAAGUUACCGUCUCGUGCCGGAAUCUUCUGGAUGUGGAUACGUUCUCCAAGUCCGACCCCGUGGUCGUGCUGUAUUUGCAAGGUAUAGGCACCAAAGAGUGGAGAGAGUCUGGACGGACCGAGGUGAUCGACAACACCCGCAAUCCAGAUUUUGUCAGGAAGUUUGUCUUGGAUUUCUUCUUUGAAGAAAAACAAAAUCUACGGUUUGACGUGUACAAUGUGGACUCCAGAAGCUGCAACAUUUCCAAACACGAUUUUUUGGGCCAGACGUUUUGCACCCUGGGAGAAAUCAUCGGCUCCAUCGGAGGACGCCUGGAGAAGACUCUCUCUGGGAUACCGGGGAAGAAGUGCGGGGUCAUUAUCUUAACUGCCGAGGAGCUCAGCAACUGCAGGGAUAUUGCCACCAUGCAGCUGUGCGCCAACAAGCUGGAUAAAAAAGACUUUUUCGGCAAAUCAGACCCCUUCUUGGUGUUCUACCGCAGCAACGAGGACGGAACGUUCACCAUCUGCCAUAAAACAGAGGUGAUCAAGAACACGCUGAACCCGGCGUGGCAGCCCUUCACCAUCCCCGUCAGAGCUCUCUGCAACGGCGACUACGACAGGACUGUGAAAAUAGACGUCUACGACUGGGAUCGAGAUGGAAGCCACGACUUCAUUGGCGAGUUCACCACCAGCUACAGAGAGCUGUCUCGAGGACAGAAUCAGUUCAACGUCUAUGAGGUUUUAAAUCCUAAGAAGAAAGGGAAAAAGAAGAAGUACGUCAAUUCAGGAACUGUAACUCUGCUGUCCUUCAAAGUGGAGUCCGAGUACACCUUUGUGGAUUUCAUCCGAGGAGGGACGCAGCUGAAUUUCACCGUUGCCAUUGACUUUACAGCAUCCAAUGGCAAUCCAUCUCAGCCCACCUCCCUCCACUAUAUGAGCCCCUACCAGAUGAACGCAUAUGCCAUGGCCCUGAAAGCGGUGGGUGAGAUUAUCCAGGACUACGACAGCGACAAGCUCUUCCCCGCCUAUGGCUUUGGCGCUAAGCUGCCCCCCGAUGGCAAAAUAUCCCACGCUUUCCCACUGAGUGGCGACAACGAUAAUCCAAACUGCGUGGGCAUCGAAGGGGUCCUGGAGGCCUACUUCCAGAGCCUAAGAACCGUGCAGCUCUACGGACCCACCAACUUUGCACCCGUUAUCAACAAAGUGGCCAACUGUGCAUCAGAGAUAACAGAUGGCUCACAGUACUUUGUCCUGUUAAUGAUCACAGAUGGAGUUAUAUCUGAUAUGGUCCAAACCAAAGAGGCCGUGGUCAAUGCAGCAUCACUCCCACUGUCCAUAAUCAUUGUAGGCGUUGGACCUGCAGAGUUUGAUGCCAUGGAAGAGCUGGAUGGAGAUGAGGUGAGAGUAUCCUCCAGAGGGCGCCUGGCUGAGAGAGACAUUGUUCAGUUUGUUCCAUUCCGGGAAUACGUGGACAGAUCUGGAAACCAGGUCCUCAGCAUGGCCCGGCUGGCGAAGGACGUCCUGGCCGAGAUCCCGGACCAGCUGCUGUCUUUCAUGAAGAGUCGAGGGAUCGAACCGCGGCCGGCCCGCUCAUCCUCGCCGCUCCCUUAGCCCGCGUUUGCACCGGCGCCCCCAAACACUCCCUCACACGUCCUCGCCAGGGAAGUCACUCAAUCCAAGCAAUCGUCUCUCCUCGCCGCUUCAGCAGGAUCGAAGCUCACAAAAACUCCUUGCAAAUAUUUAUCAACCACGUUGUCCGUUAGUGCUGAUGUGUGGAAUAUUCAUUGUUGCAGUUUUUAUUCACGGCAAAAUAUGAACCUUCUUUCAGCAAGACGGCUCAAAUCAAACGGAACGCCAAUUUGAUCGUAACUCGGGAGUGAAGGUCUUGUUUGCGGCAGAUUAAACGCACCACAGUGUUUACACUACAGAAAAGCUUAAAAAAAAUGUAGUAUUUACAAUAAAAAGAAAUGGCAGGUCAGUGGGCAGAA